AUGAACGACGCUCUCGAAGCAGCGGCUGCGUACCUGAAGACGACUCAAUUCGAACUUGAGCUAGCUAAAGCUCAAUUACAUAAUGCUGAGGCGGCCUACCAAAGCGCCAAACAUAUUCACGGCGCUCUAGGAGCAUCUCAAACGGCUGCUGUACUCGGGAGUGAAAGCCAUUCAGAACGACUCCACGCGCUGCUGAAGCCGCGGGAUACUGCCAUAUACUUUGCAAGCGACGCGGAUGGGAAGCCUUGGUAUAUCAAGGCCGGCAUCGACACAAGUCUGUCCUCUUGCCCAUUCGUCUGGUUGCAGACUGGCGCGCCAACUACGACCGGAGAGCCUCACAUAUGUAUUACUUUCAAGCCUGCCUUCUAUGGCGAUACAAUCAAUCAAACGCACAGCAGUCAGGCUAUCCCGCGACGCAGAGAAGCAUUGGAGGCUUUCAAUGGAUCUGUAAAUUAUGAGCUUGUGUCACUCUGGCUUCAAAAAUGUUCUAAUGAACAUGGUCACGAAUGUCAGGUGGAUGAUAACGUAUCAGGGCUACCUGUAGAGAUUUACCUCAUUGACGUAAAGAAAAGAGCCCUUGUCCGCCAUCGUAAGGGGGACCGCUUCGUUGCUCUCAGUUAUGUCUGGGGAAAGGAGUCGAGAUCGGAUAGGUCUGAUACCAUUCCGGGCGAAGACAUAGCCAUCGCCAUCAAAGAAAAUGGUGAAAUAGACGAGGCUCAGGAAUUGGCAACACCAUUGCCUCAAACAAUGGAAGACGCAAUACGGUUUGUGAAACACAUCGGCGAACGUCUUCUUUGGAUCGACCAGAUAUGCAUUAAUCAGCGACUAGAUGGACACAAGCAAGAACAGAUCAACAUCAUGGAUCAGAUUUUUGCAUCGGCAUUUCUAACCCUCGUCAGCCUGGAUGGACCGAAUGCUGACUGGGGGUUGCCCGGAGUGUCAAGACCCUUACUACAGACCCAGCAGCCGACUGUAAGGCUUGAUCAAGGGCAAUUGAUGGCUACUUUCAUCUACUCCAAUUGGGACAAUCACGGCAAAUCAGUCUGGGACAGUAGAGGAUGGACAUUGCAGGAACGUCUCCUCUUUCGGAAGUGCAUCAUCUUCGCCAAAACCCACGUCUCUAUGACCUGUCGCACGGAAUUCUUCCAUGAUUGUCUUGCGCUGGACUCAACAAGCAAGGGCGUGGAAACUUGGCUCGGCGACGAUUUCUUUAGAGAAGACGGCUCUGGCAUCAACCUCGAUGAUACAGACUGGGACUUCAAGAACUACGAUGCACUGAUCUCUGUGUUCACGGGCCGAGAGUUGACAUAUCCAUCAGACAUCCUCAGAGCCUGUCAAGGUUCUCUCAACAGACUCAGCCAUAAAGCAAGUGUAGAAUUCUUAUUCGGGCUCCCGAUGAAUGACCUUCAUCGAGCUCUUGUGUGGGUGCCACACAACGCGCACGUUUUAGCUCGACGCUCGGGAUUCCCUUCCUGGAGUUGGACAGGCUGGAAAGGUAGAAUUGAGUAUCUUUAUUGGGUAGGCGACAUGGCUGCGUAUGUGGACGAGGAUCCACGACUGCAAAAGAAUGCACCAGGCUCAAUAUUGAAGAGAAAACGCACGGAGCCCCUGGAGACUUAUUUAAAUUAUGCACAGAGGGCUCAGCUGUUGACCUGUGGAGUUACAAACCGCUCGCUGAUGAUCGAGACGACUUCUACCAAGUUUAAACUCCGGCUAGUGCGACGAGAUGGGGAAGUGCAUCGCAACCUCAAGUCAAACAGCCAACAAUCAAAGACGGCGAUUGGGGACCAGUGGACGCUCAUCGGCCAAGAUAAUGCUCCUUUACGCGAUGAGGCGGGCGAGUACCCAAGCUUCGAAUUGACAGAUUCCUUCUUCCGGCUCAAGCCUGAGUAUUCCGAAAUGCUCGUUGCCCAAGGAACCGAGGCAGACUUCAUAUUCGUUGAACAUUGGCCCUGUAUCCGCGACUCAGCUGGAUCGGCAAAGUGGCUUUACAACAUGGUGAGCGCGUUGCUCAUCAUCAGAAACAUUGACGGCACUGCAUGGCGGCUCGCGUCUGCUUUGCUGAAGGCUGAGGAUUGGUAUGCGAAGAACCCACAAUCUGAAAACAUUUGCCUUGUGUGA